ACGGAAGCUGUUUGGCGAGUCACAGGAAGUUAGGUCAGAUAAAAACAUUGCAGUACGAACCUUUUUGUUAUUAUUUAAAGACUGUUCAUUUGCAUUUUGUCGUUUAAUUUUAUUUUCGCCAAACUUUUAACAAAAGCAAGAUGGUCUGCGACAAUUGCGAAAAAAAACUGGGCAAAGUCAUCACUCCGGACACGUGGAAAGAUGGAGCCAGAAACACAACAGAAAGCGGAGGCCGCAAGCUGAAUGAAAACAAGAUGCUGACAUCAAAGAAAGCGAGGUUUGACCCAUAUGGAAAAGCCAGAUUUGCAACUUGUAGAAUCUGUAAAAGUUCAGUGCACCAAGCUGGUUCCCACUACUGCCAAGGCUGCGCUUACAAAAAAGGCAUAUGUGCUAUGUGUGGCAAAAAAGUUUUGGAAACCAAAAACUACAAGCAAACAUCAGUGUAAAAAAAACCCUAGAACGGAGAGGCAUGUGAUGUGGGUUCCUGAACUUCAGUCCUGCUUUUCUAGAUGAUGAAGACAAGCUCAAUUAUAGGUCCUUUUGUUUGUGUUUUUGGAUUACUCCUGUACAUGCACCAUGCCACACGAAAGCAGAUAUCACAGAUACAUCGACAGCUGUAUUUAGUGUGAUUGAAAUCUCCCAUGCGAUUAUUCCAAUUUUUUUGCUAUGUGCUGUGCAGUUGUAUGAAAUUUGUCAAAAUGGUCCUUGAAAAGUCAUUGAAAUUUGUAUCAGAAAUACUGUAUGAACCCUGUGUUUAUGAUGUCGGAUUGAAUUAGGCAGAGAUUGUAUAUUAUUUUUGCAGCUGAGUUUCUAUAAAAUUAAUAUUCUGUUAAAUGGGCCUAUAUGUAAAAGGUUUGAGUAACAUUUGAAUAUGUGUUAACUAGCCUUAUGCGUGAUUUAUCAGGUUGAUCCAUCUGGAAAAAUGACAAGUUGUAAGAUGUAAUUUCUCAAUUUCUUUUUCUACAAAGUCACAUUCAAAUUUGCUUCUGAAAGUGGUCCAUUUUUGUGCAUUGCAGUUACACCUCCUUUCAAAUAUAUAAUCAUUUGAAGAGGUGCACAUGUUGUGUUUAGCAGGGCUUCCUUGCUAGAUGGCAGAAGGAAGUUCAUACAUCUGAAAUACACCAAAAUAGUUAGUAAUGUUUAUAUGAGAUAGGAUAGAUGCUGUACUGUAGUACUCAUUGCCCCUGCAAAUUGCAACCUACACCUAAGGUCCUUGUGUUCAGUUUCAACUGUUUUAUUUUCAAAAUAUGUUUUAAGUUUUACUGAGUCCCACAGUGAUGUAGUGUGUGUCAUCAUGUUUUAAGAAUACAUUUUACAACAUGUUCAGUAGUGUGCAAAUGCAUUAGAAUGCCUCAAGAUAUGGUCAUUUGUAUCCUUUAUAUACCUACCUGCAUGAAAACCUCAGGGUGUGAUAAUUUAAAUUUUCAGUCAGUAAUCAGUGAUAU